AAUCAUAUUGGGGAAAAUAUAAAACAAAAGCAAUGUAUAGAUUAAACAAAUCAAUUACUAUUAUUGUUAUCAUCUUUAUCCAUUUUCCAUUAGACUCCAACUUCCAGCUUACGGCCUUUUGAGAUUCUCCUCCCACUUUUAUUUUCUCCCAUACUUCAUGAAGAAAACCCAGAAAAAAAUCUUCAUCGUAAUUGUCCAAAAAAAAAAAAAAAAUCAAUGAAAUUCGGUGAGGAGUUCAAGACCCAUCUAGAGGAGACUCUACCCGAGUGGAGGGACAAAUUCCUAUGUUACAAACCCCUGAAGAAACUCCUCAAAAACAUUCCUUCAACCCCAUCGCUUGAUCCUCAUCUUCCCCGUGAUCAACGGCUUGUAUUAGCGGACGCCACCAACACAGCUGUUCUGGCCGUUGAUCAUUAUCACCAACAGCCUUCGGUUGAUUUGCAAGAUUGGUUCGUUAGAAUUCUGAAUGAAGAGCUUGAAAAGUUCAAUGAUUUUUAUGUUGAUAAAGAAGAAGAGUUCGUUAUUCGCUUUCAGGAGCUGAAGGAAAGAAUUGAACAAAUUAAGGAGUACAGUGGCAAGGGUGGAGUUUUUGGAUCAGAGCGUGAAUUUAGUGAAGAAAUGAUGGAUAUUCACAAGGAUCUCGUCACUAUUCAUGGGGAAAUGGUACUUCUCAAAAAUUACAGUGCCCUCAAUUUUGCAGGGAUUGUUAAAAUUUUAAAGAAGUAUGAUAAACGAACAGGGGGGCUGUUGCGACUCCAGUUCACGCAAUUUGUCCUUCACCAGCCUUUCUUCACAAUAGAAUCUCUUACAAGGCUAGUACAUGAGUGUGAAGCCAAUCUUGAGCUUCUCUUUCCACUUGAAGCAGAAGUCAUUGAAUCUUCUCCACAUGGAGAACCAAACCAACCAUCAAAUAACACUGCAAAUCAUUCACAGGAAGCUUCAUCAACUCUGGGUCAGGAAACCUUGGAGAUAUAUCGUAGCACUCUGGCUGCAAUGAAAGCAAUACACGGCCUUCAAAAGGCAAGCUCCACCUACAAUCCGUUAUCGUUCUCCGCUCUCCUUAGGAACCAGGAUGAUGACAAUGGUGCUUUAACGGCAGAAAACUCUGGUUCAAAAUCUUCAGCCACUUUGCAAAUGGGCGAGGAGGCUGAUAAAGAGGAUGCACAAUCUGUGCAACUAAUCUAGUUUUCCAUUUUUCUUGGCUAGUUUAUCUUUUUUUUGGCUUUAUAUCUUCGAACGACUGACAAAUGAAUAAUGUGUUUGACGCUGUGUUUUGCAUUUUCACAGUGCAUAAGCUGGGUUCAAGAUUAAGGUAACACUAAUCUGAAUAGUGUUGAUUUUUAAUGCUUUUCUUUUUUGGGUAUAUUUGAGAAGUCUAAGGGGGAUUUUAAUUUUGUAACCUUAAACCCCCCAAUGGGAAAGAAAACAACCAUUAGAGUCUUACAUCGAUUACGUACUAGAGUUGGAUCAAAAGAUCGAAUAUUUGAAGGUGAAAUUCUCUUAAAAUUUUAAUUGUGCAUCUAUUGUUGGCUAUCAGGAUGUAGUUUUCAUCCAAUAUAUAUUGUGCCACUAAAAUGUACCCUUUUGAUAUGCUUUCCUCCGUUGACAAUA